GCAGUAGCGGCGAAGCUGCAACAUCCCCACGGAGACAGACUGGAAGCCAAAAGAACUUCUACACAAUGCACGACUCGGCCGCACCCGCACUAGUGGACCCACAUGGCUGGUCAUUUGCCCUGGAUGACGUUCCCGCCGCUCGGCCCAGUCGUGAAGCUAAUCCACCUCUGAAGGACAACGAAAUGAAGAUGGUGGCAGUGGUGGCGAACCAACCACCUUCAUCCACCACAGCUUCCACAGCGGCUCCGCCAUCCUCAGCGGCAGUAAAAUCCACCACCGCCGCUGAGGAGCCCAGUCGUGAAGCAGAAACAGAAGAUCCUCUGGAGGACAGAAAAAUAAACGAAAAAUCAUCUCCUGCCGAGGGAACAAAACUAGCCGCCCGGGACGGUCUUGAGGAUGCAGCUGGGGGCGCCGCCGGCGUAUCCAGUAAAGGAUCAGCUGGUGCGUCAAAAGUUUCAGCGGCGUCAGCACCGCAACACGACCAGAGGAACAAGAAUCAACAUGAUUCAACAUCUAAUUUAGCUGCACAGCCGGGGAUGGUGAAAAGUAAAAUUGAGCCUAAACCAAAACCGCAAAAAGCGCUACAUCAGCAGCCACUCGUCAUUUGCGAUCGGCUUUCUCCGAGAAACACCCUGCGCAUUACGGCGGAGGCCGCUGAUGACGGAGGGCGGGAGACGCCGCAUUUUCAAGCUUGCCCGGAUUUUCCGGAAAUUAACGAUUUGGAAGUACACGACGGCGGGGGCGGGGCUCCUGAGGAAGCCGAAGCAGCUUCCGCUUGGGUCACUAGUAGAUCGGCCUGCUCUCCGACGUUUUCAAGAUCUUCGUCCAGCUCCGGCUUUAAUUUUUUUACCAGCACGACUAGUCCCGAACAGAGUAUCCAAUCGGGGAAAACGAACAGUCUGUGGUUGUCGAGGAAGCAUCAUAGAUACUUCUUACGUAGAAAAACAGUAUUCUCAUUUGAUGUAGUCGAAGGCAAGAACUGAAUGCUGAAUCGGGACCCGAUUCUUGGAAAGAACGUAGUUAUCGAAAAAGUGAAAUGCACAUUCAAAUUUUCAAAUUUUCCCGAUGAUUCCAAUCGCGGACGGAAACGACGCGAAGGGCGAACAGGGCUGUUUCGUUUUAUCCAGUGCAAAUACGUCUACGUCUGGGUCUGGAAGAAUGCUGGAGUUUUAUUGUUGGUUGGUUGGAUAGCGCCUGUCGCCGGUGCAGGUCCCGCCCUCCGUCGAUUGCGAUCCGGAGUAGCCGGAACACAGGGCCCUAGUCAACACGGAGUUUGUCAUGCAGAGUUUGCAUGACCCAUGACGACUGUGAUGCAUGCUGUAGCAUCACGACAGAUUCUGCAACGGCUUCCUGAUGCCCAUAUCGCAUGGGAAAUGCCCUCUCCGCGUAAGUAGCAAAAACUGGACCUCAUUUACCAUGCACGACGCAAUACAGAUUUUAUGUAGAGACCAGAGUUAGCAUCACAGGUUGCAUCCUUCCAGACCCAGACACAUUUGCAUUUGAUAUGUUUCCGAGUCCGACGAUUCCUCGUCAGAACAAGAUGACGAAAAAAACGACGGCGGAACCGUCAUACCUACACCUACUUUCACGCUGCUGCGCUCGCGUGCCCCGCUGCCCAAUAACCGGAGACUGGUGUUCACUCCGAAAAAAGCGGCUGCGGGGAUAAAAAAUAACUGUCGAGUUGGAGGAUCAUCUCAAGAGGGCGACCACGCGCAGAAGAAAAGAGCAUUGUCCGCCCCCGAUGGUGGAGCCAGUGACGCGAGAAAGAAGUACACGACCUGUCGCCACGGAGGCGGGAUCGGGAAGAAUGUUGAAGAAAGUAGAAAAACUUUUAAAUCAAGACGAUCGCGUAGAAGCCGCAACCGUAGUGGAAGUGGUUCAUCCUCUGGAGCAGGAGCGCAGCUCGCAGUCGACGGUGGAGAAGUAGAUGAAAAUGAAGACGCACCACUACUGACACGCAAAAAAAAUAGAAAUACUGUACUUGCGAUUGGUGAUGGUGGCCGCAGCAGCAAUAUUGCCCUCAAUCUCAGCAGUGGGAGCCGUAGUACGGCAGCUAAACGAGAAAGGCAGGCGGUGUUGGCAGAGGCAACCGGUGCUGGCAAUCGAGAAGUAAAUGUAGUUGCAUCUUCGAGCAACUACAUCAAGGAAAAUUGCAACCAGGCGACAUCACAAUCCGGUUCCGGCGUCCCACCUGGAGCAGAAAGGGGUCAUCAGUCGGAUGGUUUUUUUCGUAAAGCAGCAAGCGAGUCGGUAGUUGCCAAGACAGGCGCAUCAACCGCUGGUAGAAGUGCAGGGGCUGAUGAUCCGUCCACUUCGCGUCAACAUUUUUCGUUUCUGCAAGGAAGUAGCCGUGACCCGACGAAUAAAGGUAGCGUGGACCACGACAACAUCAACCAGGGUCCUCUUCACGGAAAUCCCACCGCCACCCGAGAAAAACAAGAACACAGCUUAACGACGCACGACAAGAACAUCAGUAGGACCGCAGCUAUGAUCCGGCGAAACGUCCUGCUUCGCAUCCAGGAGCAGAACGUGCAGAAGCAGGAGAAGCGCCGACACCAGUUUCGGCAGGUUUUUUUUGUGUCAAUCUUCCUGUCGAUGGCGAUUGCGGUGUGUUGCGCCUUUUGUUGGGACCUCUUCUGCUACUCCUGUGUGAAUCUGAACGCGAAGAGCCUGGCCCGCAAUUAUUUCCCCAACAGUAUGAUCGACGCGAUCCGCAGACACAAUCCCACCUGGCUUCCGCGCCGGAGGCCACCGAUCCAGAACAAAUCCAAUCUGUUUGCCCGGGCGGGGAAGAAACUAGUGCAUCAAUUUCGAUCGGACUUUCUCGCCAGCCACUCGUCCAAUGAUUUUUCCAAGUGGAAGAAAUCCCUGAAAAACGCCAUUAGCUUGAUGAAAUCGCAUUUCGCUCGGUUGGACCGAGAAAUGGAGGUAGUCGCGCAGCGCUUGGACUACGAAAACCGGGUAUGGUGGUAAUAUGGGAUUCGGUCGUAGCACUCGCUCACCAAGUUUACCAUCUGUUUGUAUGACUUACAAAAACGAAUGAAUUGUCAAGCUAUCAGAAAUUAUGCGCAGCGACAGCUUGUAUUCGUUUUCGUGUGUAGCUGUAGCUCAACACUUUUUCCCUCGACCUCUUAAGGCUAACACGUUUUUCUAGUACAAAAACUUGUGUCCUGCUGUGCUAUCGAUUGCGGUCUUUUCCCCCUGGACAUUGAAAACGAGAAAACCGCUGGUCGGUGGCCGACAAGGCGAUCGACCGCGCCGUAGUUGUUGGUGACUUUCUCUGGCGGCACGGGGGACGGAGGCUGUUUCUCGGUAGAGAAGACCAAUCAACAUCAAAGGGGACGACAAAUACUAGUACCACGCCGAGAACAGACCACCACCAGAUGGAGAGUGGGCAGCAAGAAGAACGAAAUUUCUUUCGUGCUGGCAGCAGACGUGCGCCUUCGCGGGAUUUAGUAGAGGGCGCGCAUCAACACGAACAUGAUCGAGCUUAUAGAGAAUCUUCAGGUUCUGUGUCGAAUAGAAGUAGCACUCUUGAUGCCACCCCCGCGGCAGGUCAACGUGGCCAAGAAGUAGAUGAACAAACUCCGGCCAGCCGCACUUCUCGGGGAGCGCAGCUGGCUGGAUUCGUUCGCCGCUGGUUCUCGAGAAGCAAGUGAGAGCGUCCUCACAAGAAAGGUACUUACAUAAAAGGAAGAGAAACAGAAACAGAAAAAAGAGUGCGUUUUCCUACUGACAUCUGUAAAAGGUUUUGCUUAAAGUAUCACUAUCUAUCACUAUCAGUCUAUCAUCAAGAUCAAGUAUCACGGUAUCAGUCUAGAAACUCGCUGGAUGCAACAUCGACUGCAUUCAUAUUGAAUCAACUGCAUCGAUUCCGUGAUAUGACAAGGUAAAGAGUUGGAAAAGAAGGAUCAUAAAGUAUCUAUAUGCUCCUGAAGCACGACCGAGGUGUGGUGCACCUCCACGAAUUCAUGAUGCGCUCCCGAUGUGGAUCUCCUUUCCUUCGCCGUUUUUGCAUAAG